AUGCCUUCUUUAGUUUACAGGCAAAGUGGUAACAUUAAUAAAACAAAAUAUUACAAAUGUUAAAUAAUAAGGCUAACUAAAGAGCAAGCCAGGUGAGCACAAUGAUUGGUAUUUUUGGUAUUUUAUUAGGAUCCCCAUUAGCUACUGCUAAAGCAGAAACUACUCUUCCUGGGGUCCAUACAAAACAUGAAACAUGACAUAAUACAGAACAUUAAUAGACAAGAACAGCUCAACGACAGAACUACAUGCAUUUAAAAAUGUCACACGUAGCCUACAUAUCAGUACAUACACACAAAAUAUAUAGGUCAAAUAGGAAAAAGGCGUUGUGCUGUGAGGUGUUGCUUUAUCUGUUUUUUGAAAUCAGGUUUUCUGUUCAUUUGAGCAAUAUGAGAUGGAAGGGAGUUCCAUGCAAUAAUGGCUCUAUAUAAUACUGUACGCUUUCUUGAAUUUGUUCUGGAUUUGGGGACUGUGAAAAGACCCCAGGUGGCAUGUCUGGUGGGGUAAGUGUGUGUGUCAGAGCUGUGUGUAAGUUGACUAUGCAAACAAUUUGGAAUUUUCAACACAUGAAUGUUUCUUAUAAAAAGAAGAAGUGAUGCAGUCAGUCUCUCCUCAACUCUUAGCCAAGAGCGACUGUCAUGCAUAGUAUUUAUAUUAGCCCUCUGAUUACAAUGAAGAGCAAGACGUGCUGCUCUGUUCUGGGCCAGCUGCAGCUUAACUAGGUCUUUCUUUGCAGCACUUGACCACAUGACUGGACAAUAAUCAAGAUACGACAAAACUAGAGCCUGCAGGACUUGCUUUUUGGAGUGUGGACAGACCUCUCCCCAUCUUUACAACCAUUGAAUCUAUAUGUUUUGACCUUGACAGUUUACAAUCUAAGGUAACACCAAGUAAUUUAGUCUCCUCAACUUUUUCAACAGCCACACCAUUUAUUACCAGAUUCUGCUGAGGUUCGUUGUUGGCAUUUCCUGCCUAAGUUUGUCCACUUUGCCAAUGAAGUAAUCAUUAAAAUAACUGGCAACAUCAACUGGUUUUGUGAUGAAUAAGCCAUCUGAUUUGAUGAAAGAAUUUGUCUUUCUGCCCAUAAUUUCAUUUAAAGUACUCCAAAGUUUUUUUCCAUCAUUCUUUAUAUAAUUGAUAUUGGCUUCAUAAUACAGUUUCUUCUUCUUUUUGUUGAGUUUAGUCACAUAAUUUCUUAAUUUACAGUAAGUCAGAUGUGCAGCCAGACUUAUGAGCCACUCAUUUUGCCCCAUCUCCUUCAACCAUACAGUUUUUCAAUUCCUCAUCAAUCCAUGGAGCCUUAACAGUUCUAACAGUCAGUUUCUUAACAGGUGCAUGUUUAUCAAUAAUUGAAAGAAGCAAUUUCAUAAAUUAAUCAAGUGCAGUGUCUGGAUGCUCCUUAUUAAUUACAUCAGACCAACAAAUUAUACUCAUCAAAAUGGAAAUGUUUUAACUGGUAAAUGAGGAUUUAUGAUUGCAUUCCUCAUAGUUGCUUAGAAACACAAGUAUUUCUGGAUUGUGUUGUGUUGUAAAAAAUAAAUAAAAGAUUUAUGCACACUAUUACUAGGGUUAACUCAAUAUUCUAUUAGAGACCAUUUACAAUCACAGCGUAUUAUCAUCGCUGUAAAUCAACUGCAGUAAGAGCAAACACCACCCGUAUUGUCUUCAGAGAGGACUGAGUCAUCUUUUUUAAAGCCAACUGUUAACUUAGCUUUUUUCUCUCCAUACAGCUGUGUUCACAGAGGUCCCCCAUGACAUCACAACACAGAGUGGCCAGGACGUGGAGAUGGCAUGCUCCUUCCGGGGGGCAGGCCCCUCCUACUCCCUUGAGAUCCAGUGGUGGUAUAUCAGGAACCACAGAGACUGGACAGAGAAACAGCCCUGGACCUCCAAUCAGGUAGCUAGACUGCUCACUCUCUGUCACUGUUGAAAUAAUGUUGUUGGUGAGGUGUUCUGUGAUCAGUGAUCAAAGGUUUGAGGCAGAGGAUAAAUAGAUGUGGAACAAAGUCUUCUUAUUCUCCCACAUUGCAAAUAGCAAAGCAUUAGAAUACAGUACUGUAGGCUAUGCGCACAAACUCCUUACUAAAUCCCAAUCCUUAGAGUUUGCCAUCGAGGCACAGUUAUACAAGUCAGAAUCAGUACCAACUAAUAAAGUACACAGGGUUAAACUGAGUGAGGUGAGCAGCAAGGUAACAAACCACACAUUAAUCACUGCAGUAGGCAGAAAUAGCAGCAGGUUCCCCAGGUGCCCCUGAGGCACAGGAACAGAAGAGGAGGCUGAGGAACCAUCUCAUGGGAAAAUGCACCUGAGCUGGGCAAAGCAGAGCAGGUUUUCCAUGAGGACAGAUGGAAUGUUUUCCAGGCCUCCUGCUGUGUCUUCCGACACUUUUUAAUUGGAAAAGGGAGAAAUGUAAAGAAACUUCCUCUCACCUCAAUUCAUUAUUCAUGAAGUGUCCCUGAGGACUGGCUUUGUUACACCAUGCUUCCUUCCCUUGCUGGAGCAUUGGGCAGGUGGUGCUACUGGCCUAGAAUACUGUACAGGCUAUGCUGUAGUGAACCCUCUUUUUCUGGAUGAAUCAUGCCUACAUGAUAAUAUAGGUACAGGUUGAAAUGUAUUACAUAAUUGUUUUGUUUUCGAAUUAAUAUUACAAAUGUGGGGAAUACAAAGAUUGUGGAGAUUGGUGCCUUGGGGGAAACAAAGGUGGGUCGGUCCACGAAAAGAGUGCCUUUUGCGUCCCUUUGAUAUUUAAAGUAGAAAUUGUGCACCAAUAUUGAAUUUGAAAAGCCUGUUAAAUGUAUUAUACUGCCGUUUAAUAUAGACCACAUGGAGAAUUCAAUAAAUCAUAUUUCUUUAUAUGAAUAAAGACUUGCUAAAGUGCUAAAUUCAGCAUUUUGACAAGUCUCUUUGUGCAGCCUCUGUGACUUCUAUGUAGAUUUGAACCCACUAAACCCCCACAUUUCUCACAUUUUUCACCACCAUUGUAAAGCCCAAAUUUUUUUUGCUUUGACAAAGUUUUUUCUGGAGAUUAUUAUUUAUUGAUUAGUGAUUUAAUUUAUGUCUGUCCCUCAUUUUAAGGUCAACCCUGUUACGUGAACUGAACUCUUGUCUUAAUAUGGUGAAACUAUUCCUUUUAAAAUUGUAUUUUUUGACCAAGUUACACUUCUUAAAAGGCCCCGACCCAGGUUUCACCUCUCAAUAUAUUACUCUCAAUAGAGUGGUGAAUCUCCACAUACCGUAUGUAAUUUUGAGUCCAGCUGUAUGUUUUUGAUGCAAUUACCUGUGAAUUAGGCAUUAUUACGCCCAUUAUCUAUGUUCUGCUCUUUGGUGAAAUUACCUGUAAGUGGACACAUCAUCAAUGUAAGGCAGUUUUACACAAUGGGGACAUUUAAAAAAAAUAUAUAAGUAUUUCUAAAGUUUCUUAUUCUUUGAAAUCUCUUUCCUACAGGUUGUACCCCAGGAUGAGAUGUCAAAGGUUGCUACCAAAAUAAGUGUGAGUCUUUACUUACUGCAUUAUAUGUUAUAUCUCCUGUCUGGCGUCUCUUUUGCACUUUUGUAUUUGUCUUGUUGGGAAUCUAGUGUCCAAUAGAGGCCUCAUUACCAAAGAAACAUUGCAAUAAGUACUGACAUUUCUUGGAGGCUGUGGAAGCUGAAUGUCAGUUUUUUUCCACAUUUGCAGCUUUUUUAUUCAUAGAUUUUAGAUAUGAAUAAAAAAAUAAAAUAAAAUGUUUAGCUUGAAGGGAAUGUUGGUAUCCUGCAUAUUUGACUCUUAUAUGUGGUUGUCUCAAGGGGUGCAACUUUGGUUUUAGAGGUGGGUGGAACAUAACUUGCCGGGGUGUCUGAGGGUCCUCCCAUUUUUUGGGGGCAUCUAAAGUUAAUUUCCUGAAUUUCUACACAAUCUAAUAUGACCCAUGGCCCUUCUAGCCAUCUCUAUUUAGAACAACAAAAAGUUUGCAAAAAUGCCCAGUCAUCAUGUAAGAGAUCAUUUUUAAAUAUGUUUAAGUGAUUGAUAAGACUGAACUAGAUCAAUGAUAUUUCAGUAAUCAAUAUUGUGUUGCACCUUUAACAAAUAGCCUAACAAAUAAACAACUCUUACAAAUAAAGUACAAAGACUUAACUUUUGAUUGUCUUUAUUAAGACAUCCUCUAUAUCAAAUUUCAGCCAGACUGCCCAGCCAGCCCUAGCCACCUGAACGCCUGACCCCCACCAGUCCAGUCACCAACACAACUUCCUUCCCAUCUUUUUUUUAUAUAUAUCUCAAGGGAAAGGUUUGGAAAUCAAAAGUUUAAUAAAAACACACAUACACCUCCUACUCAUUAACACACAGAAACAGUACAUCCUCCAUAUCAUUCAUAUCAUAGGCCUAAUAGUACUGUAGAGCUCUUUUUCUUACACACAAUAUAGCUGGGUCACCCCGUCCUGCCCCUAGCAGUCCACGGCCCUGCAGCGCCCCAACCCAACACACCCCACUCAGCUUUAGGAUCUUAGUGAAACAUUCAUUAUUGAUUUCAGGUGUGUUAGGCCAAGGCCAGAGUGACAACCAACAGUACAGCAGACCCCCAGGGCCAGGACUGAGCAGCCCAGCAGCUAGGGAAUGCCUAAAUAGGUAUCUCCCCUGAAUACCUAUUUAGGCAUUCCCUAUCAGACUCCUUCUGUCGUACAGUAUUCCAUAUAAAGAAUCAAGACCUUAUGAAAGUUGCACAGUAUACCCUUAAUCUUGUAAUAAAUCAAAUCUAGUGAUACAUAACUUGACAUUUCUGCCAUCCAUUGUGACAUUGUGGGAGGAUAACCAACCUUCCAAUUAAUGGCAAUGCAUUUCUUAGCCACUAUAAAUGCAACAUUACACAGUUUCUUCUGAUAACAGUCUUCAAUAUCAACAUUUCCAAGCAAACAAAAACAGGGAGAAUCUGUAGACAUGCUGAGAUAAAACAACAUACUCUUUGCCUGAAUUCAGCCAGCCUUCACAAGACCAUAACAUAUGCAAAUAUGUCCCCUUUUGUGUUUUACACCUCCAGCAGAAGAAUGACAUUUCUGUGUGCAUGAUAUUCAGUUUAACUGGCAUAUACAGUGGGGAAAAAAAGUAUUUAGUCAGCCACCAAUUGUGCAAGUUCUCCCACUUAAAAAGAUGAGAGAGGCCUGUAAUUUUCAUCAUAGGUACACGUCAACUAUGACAGACAAAUUGAGGAAAAGAAAUCCAGAAAAUCACAUUGUAGGAUUUUUUAUGAAUUUAUUUGCAAAUUAUGGUGGAAAAUAAGUAUUUGGUCACCUACAAACAAGCAAGAUUUCUGGCUCUCACAGACCUGUAACUUCUUCUUUAAGAGGCUCCUCUGUCCUCCACUCGUUACCUGUAUUAAUGGCACCUGUUUGAACUUGUUAUCAGUAUAAAAGACACCUGUCCACAACCUCAAACAGUCACACUCCAAACUCCACUAUGGCCAAGACCAAAGAGCUGUCAAAGGACACCAGAAACAAAAUUGUAGACCUGCACCAGGCUGGGAAGACUGAAUCUGCAAUAGGUAAGCAGCUUGGUUCGAAGAAAUCAACUGUGGGAGCAAUUAUUAGGAAAUGGAAGACAUACAAGACCACUGAUAAUCUCCCUCGAUCUGGGGCUCCACGCAAGAUCUCACCCCGUGGGGUCAAAAUGAUCACAAGAACGGUGAGCAAAAAUCCCAGAACCACACGGGGGGACCUAGUGAAUGACCUGCAGAGAGCUGGGACCAAAGUAACAAAGCCUACCAUCAGUAACACACUACGCCGCCAGGGACUCAAAUCCUGCAGUGUCCCCCUGCUUAAGCCAGUACAUGUCCAGGCCUGUCUGAAGUUUGCUAGAGUGCAUUUGGAUGAUCCAGAAGAGGAUUGGGAGAAUGUCAUAUGGUCAGAUGAAACCAAAAUAGAACUUUUUGGUAAAAACUCAACUCGUCGUGUUUGGAGGACAAAGAAUGCUGAGCUGCAUCCAAAGAACACCAUACCUACUGUGAAGCAUGGGGGUGGAAACAUCAUGCUUUGGGGCUGUUUUUCUGCAAAGGGACCAGGACGACUGAUCCGUGUAAAGGAAAGAAUGAAUGGGGCCAUGUAUCGUGAGAUUUUGAGUGAAAACCUCCUUCCAUCAGCAAGGGCAUUGAAGAUGAAACGUGGCUGGGUCUUUCAGCAUGACAAUGAUCCCAAACACACCGCCCGGGCAACGGAGGAGUGGCUUCGUAAGAAGCAUUUCAAGGUCCUGGAGUGGCCUAGCCAGUCUCCAGAUCUCAACCCCAUAGAAAAUCUUUGGAGGGAGUUGAAAGUCCGUGUUGCCCAGCGACAGCCCCAAAACAUCACUGCUCUAGAGGAGAUCUGCAUGGAGGAAUGGGCCAAAAUACCAGCAACAGUGUGUGAAAACCUUGUGAAGACUUACAGAAAACGUUUGACCUGUGUCAUUGCCAACAAAUGGUAUAUAACAAAGUAUUGAGAAACUUUUGUUAUUGACCAAAUACUUAUUUUCCACCAUAAUUUGCAAAUAAAUUCAUUAAAAAUCCUACAAUGUGAUUUUCUGGAUUUUUUUCCCUCAUUUUGUCUGUCAUAGUUGACGUGUACCUAUGAUGAAAAUUACAGGCCGCUCUCAUCUUUUUAAGUGGGAGAACUUGCACAAUUGGUGGCUGACUAAAUACUUUUUUUCCCCACUGUAGUACAUUCUAGAGAUGGUCUUAAACUGCAGUAAUUUAUGUCUGAGAUUAUAUGAACAUGACUGGGCAUUCUAACAUAUCUGUAUCCAUUCAUCAUCAUCAAUAGCGUCUCCCAGGUCUUCCUCACAUUUUUGUUUUACAUAUUUUGUGUCAUCAGGAAAAGCCACUAUCAACCCUUGAUACAGUUUGGAAAUCAACUUUAGAGGUUUGUCAGACGGCCUUAAAAUAGUUUCAAUCUUUGAAGCUUCUUGCUUGUCCAGUGUUUGCUGCACAGAGAUAAUAAAGUGUUGUAUCUGCAAAAGUUCACCUCUGCGCCGUCACAGACUGGUCUUCCCUGGCUGCCUGACCCUGCUGAGACCCCUGUCACCAUCUGAUCCUGCUCAGAUGAGGCAUAACAAAGAAUUACCUUGGUGUACAUUUAUACAUUAUAUUAUCCAAGAAUAGAAUCAAUGGUUCAAUAAUUGAAAUGACCAUUAUUCCCAGACUGUAGCCUACCCAUCAACUCAAGAUGGAACAUUGUAUCCAUUCACUGAUUAUUAUAAUAUACUGCAAAAUUCACCUGAGCUCCGUAGACUGGUCUUCCCUGGCUGUCUGACCCUGCUGGGACACCUGUCACCAUCUGAUCCUGCUAAGACAUGAUGAGCAUAGUGUUGUGUACUGAUUGUGCACCAUGUCAUGUUCCCCCCGUGCCCAGUGAAAGUUGCGCCCCUGAAUGAUUAUAUCUCUUCGCAGCAAAAUCUGCAGAGCUGAGAUUGUUGUAUGCCCCAUAUAUAUAGCAUUCUGUUGGUGGCAAGAAUUUUGUAUAAUAAUUUGUUGAAUCAAGUGUUGUUUUUUGUAUCAGUUCAUAUACCAUGUGCCAUGGAAUUGAUACAUCGAAAAUCUCUUCCUAGCUAUUUUGCAACCUGUAUGGCGCAGCUGUUAACAUUUUUGUCCUCAAAUGAAACUGGUAUAUUUUUCUAUUCAUGCCAAUCCUUUUCAGCCAAUUUUGAUCUUUAAUAUGUGGCAGACAAGCAAAUUUCCUACUUUCUCCCUCUUUCACUUGUCUCCUCCAUUUUUGCGGUAAUGCUGCAAUCAGUUGGUUGUAAUUUUGGAUUGAGCAAACAUUCCCAUCUAUUUUCGAUAGCUGCAUAUGUGACAUAACUCCACUAUUCCUAUUAAUAAUAAAAAUAAUACAAAAAAUCCAUAAAUAAUGUUUUUUUUUAUCAAUCAUUAUAUUUGAGUUUAGCCAUAAUAUUUGUUGUAAUAUUUGUUCUCUUUUCUGGGGGAUAAAAUAUAAAUUGUAACCAGCUUUGUAUGGCUUGUUUAAGAAAGGGCGAUUCUUUGAACAAAGUUUAAUUUUCAAUUACUCAAAAAUGAGAAGUUGUAAUCUUUCUUAAUAAUCUACUGGAGAACCAGUUCGGGUUUAAGUAUAAAUGAUGUAUGAGUGAAGCUUUUAGUGAGAGGUUUAAUGCUUUCAUAUUUAAUAAGUUCAGCCCCCCAAAUUCAUAUUCAAUAUAUAAAUAGGCACGUUUAAUUUUGUCUGGCUUAGCGUUCCAAAUAAAGGGAAAACAUUUUUUGUUCAUAUGAUUUAAAAAGUAAUCUGGAGUAGGCAGCACCAUUAGUAAGUAAGUAAACUGUAAUAGGACCAAAGAGUUAAUCAAUGUGAUUUAAUUGCCGCAAUACAUUCCUCCUCUGUAAGUUGGCCUUCACACAGGUCUUUCUGUACAUUUGUUAAUUUUAGAUUAUUAUUAUUAGGAAAGAAAUCCUUACAGUUAACAUCAUUCAGUGGAGAUUGAAGAGACUGAAAAGAAAACAUAUGCCUAAAAUAUUUUGUUUCCUCUUUCAAAAUAUAAUUGGUGAAUCAUGGAUGAUUAGAUAGUGAAAAAACCCAACGCCAUGAUUAGAUAGUGAAAAAACCUUUCAUAAGUUCUUUAAACAAUAAAAGCUAAUUUACCAACAUUUCUGAAAAUGGAUAUAUAGCGUUUUGGAAAUAAACUCUUCACUUACUUCUGCUACAAUUAUGUGUUUCAGAUCUAUAGAAAGACUGAGGCUGCAGUAAGAUGUCUUCUUGUCUUCUCUCAGUAAAGCAUGAACGCGGCCAACUUCACAACUGCACAGUGCGCUCUGCUGUCUUAAUUUACAAAAAUGUGCUCCUUGCUGGAGAAUGAUCGGGGAGUCAGCAGAACUUCUGAUAGCUCAUCUAGUGCUGGUAGUGCCUUGUUGCCGCCAGCCUGGCUGAGGGUAAUGAUUUGUUAACAGCUAGUUCUGUGCUCGCACAGCAGCAGUGUGUCCCUCUACUCGCUCGUCUCCAGGAGAAGAUGAAGCCUAUCUCUGAUCUGAUGUUUCCUCCCUGCUGCUGACUAACCAUAAUGAAACAAACAGCUGUGGUGUACGGAGUCGCUCAGCCGGUAAAACGGUACGGAGGGUUCCAGCCCAGUCAUUGGUUUCAGCAGACAUGGCUGGAUACCAGCCUUUCAUGUUUACCCACAAAUACAGCUGAUGGCAUCAACCAGUUAAUUUUAAUAUUCUAUUGAUGUAAAAUCAAAGAUUCUGAGAUUAUACUAAACCAUGCAGACCUACUAACUAUACUCCCCCCAAAUUAUUUUGGUCAGUUUUAUUGGUCUCAAGGCUGAAUGUGAUUGUGUGAUUUUCUCUCUGAGCUUAGAGGACUGGGCUGAUAACAGAGAUAGACAGCCACAGACUAAUCAUCAGCCUUGGCUACACUACCUGUGUGGGAGGAAGCUGAUAAAGAAAACUGUAUUUAUACCCUGGUGUGUCACAACCAAUGACUUUCCCACAGUAUGUGAUCACUUUGUGUUAUCUAAGAUCUGACACUAUAAAAUAUAUUUUCUACAGGUUUUAUAAGCCACUGAACUAUUAGACCCUUACCAAGUAAAGGCAUGUUCUGUAUGUAUGCAGGGCCACAGCAUCUCCUCAUUUGUUUUAGUGAACAAAUGGAACAGAUCUCUCUGCAACAUUGAAACGAUGGUCUGACUAUGUGUGUACAGGUAAUUUGUGUGUGUGCCUCCUCACAUCCCCACUCAAUUGGUUUGGUUGCCAGACGGCUUUAUUGAGUGCAGGGGCUGGGUGGCUGGGCUCGGUGGGGCUGCCAGCAGUACAGGGCUUGGGAGGAGGAGGGGCAUCUGCUCUGUAAGUGUGCACUGUGGUGCAUCUGUGGCAACGCAGCUAGCAUCUCAUUACAGAGCCGGCUGCCAGCCUCAUCCGGAUCAGACAGCCUGGCUGUCUCUCACACACACACACACACACACACACACACACAGGAUGCAGGGACAGAGGGGUUGGUGGUGAGGAUGUACAAGGACGUUUGUUUUCUAGCAAAAUUAUUAACAACAGAUAUAGACACUGAGGAUCUUCAGUGGAAGGAGAAAUGCAGCUGGCAGGCAUAUUAGGGUUGAAGUGAGGAUUUUUUCAUCUGUAAGGAUAGCCUGUCAGGCAUCCAAAUGUAUCAUUUCACACUUGGAUAUAUAGACAAAUAUAUUUUCUUUGUCUAUUGCAGGUGGUAAAGGUUGCCGGGAGCAACAUCUCCCACAAGUUGCGUCUGUCCAGCGUGAAGCUGUCUGACGAGGGCACGUACGAGUGCCGCGUGAUCGACUUCAGCGACACCGAUAGCAAUGCCCGUCACCACAAGGUGAGGGCCUAUCUGCAGGUGGAGCCAGAGAGCAACCAUAACCCGGCGCUGCGCCACCACAGGGCCAACUUCCAAACCAAGGACACCAAGGUUCUGGCAGGCAGCGGCCACCAGCCGGAGCAUGGCAAGCACUCGCCAGCAUCCCACCACAGCCACCACAAACCAACAGGCAAUGGUAGGGAGCUGAGGAAGAGGUCUGCUGAGGAUGACAGCGCUACUGACUGCACUGACAGCUGUCCUCUAGGCCUCACAGCUCACCCAUAACCUCCUCAGCCUGCCCCGGCCUCAGCUCCAAGCUCCAACCUUGUCCUACACCCCAGACGGGCAAGUCCAGUCCUGGAGGACCACAGUGUGUAGAGACUUUUGAUUCAACCACCCCAGCUGUAAUAUACAUGAUUAAACUAAAGUCUCUGCACACACUGCUGCCCCUGUUGCCCACCCCUGCCCUCUGCCCAACAUGCACACACCAAAUGGACUCCGGUGCUACCCCAGUCCUAUACCUCUGGCCUCUCUCGUCUCCCCUUACACUGCCCUAGCACAACAAUGUCCCAC